AUGGAAACAACAAAUCAAGAAACAGAGACUGAUUUGGAGAUUUCUAAGAAAAUGGAGGAUGAACAUCUACGACUUCAAAGACAAAUCCGCAUGAUACAAAUGGACAGACUUCAUCGCACUAUGGGUGUGCAUCCACAGUUCCGACAACAAGAUCACCUACUUAGAACUCUCAAAAAAGAGUAUCUUAAUCUUCACAAAGAUUUAAAGAUAGCUAGAUCGGGAGCUCAUAAGAAGAACGACAGACGUAUGAAAGCUGGCUUAAAACGAGCUUUACUGUUACGUACGAAUACUGAUCAAGAAUGCGAAGAAGGCAUUACUCUAAUGGACCAGCUAGAUAAUUUGUUGCAUCGCAAGAACAAACAUAUGCUUCUGCUGAAGAAGACCGUUAACGCUAAUAAUGGACAGCUUGAAGAACGCCGCAGUUUCAGUGAAAAUAGAUUAGCAUCCGCUGAAAACAAACUAGAAGCGGCGCAGCGAAGGUUCAACGUGUUGCAAUGCGAGAAUAAGAAGAUCAGAGAAGAAAUUGAGCAUAUGCUUAAUGACAGGGCUCUAUUCAACCUCUCAUGGACCAAAAUGCAAAACGCUCUGAAUAAAGGCAAGAAAUUCUUAACUGAUUUAUUCGAAUCGUCAACACUUGCUUACGACCAGAGAGAUGAAUGGUGCACGAAACUGAAGUCCAUACAAGAAAAGGGGAGGAUGGACCAGAUGGUACAAAUUCAGGAAAUGAGAGACUUACAAAAAGCAUUUGAUCAUGAAAUGAAACUCUACAAUUUCCUGGCUAAAAAAGGAGUUAUAAGAAUAAAUAAGAAGCAGGAAGAAAGAGAAGAAGAACAGAAUCUUAUAAAAGAACAAAAUAUAAAGGAUGAAUAUGAAGCACAUUCUAAAAUCUUAGAUGAUAUUAACGACUACACGAAGGAGUACGACGUAAACAAAAUAAUUGAAACAUUCGAGAAAUUUGAACAAGAAAACUUUUCUCUGUACAUACUACUAACGGACUUUUGUGCCGAAAACGAACUUCUGAGACGAAAGCUCAAGCAGAUACAGCAAGAAAUUGUGGAUCGAAGAGAUUGGAACGAGAUGAUGGAAGAAAAACGUCAAAAUAAUCUUCUAGAACUUAAUAGGAAGUUAAAGAAGCAAAAGAUGAUUACAGAAGAAAAAAGAACAACGUUGGCUGAAAGAGUAAACCUUUUGCAUGAGAUGAUGGCAAAAGUUAAUGAAAUUUUUAAAUUGUUAAAUUGUUCUUCGGAACCCUUUUUAAAUCUUCUUGGGGACAAGGAACCUUCUAUAAACCAUAUAAAUCUGACUUUCCGGCUUAUUACUGAAGAAAUUAAGGAAUUGGUGCAAGUUGCUUAUUAUUAUGAAAGGCAUUUCCAAAAGAAAGGUGAUAAAAGCUCUUCUCGUUUAAAAAAGUAUGCUGUACACCCACAGCCACCUGACUACUUCAGUGCAACACCGAUCAAUGUUUUGGUACCGGCUGACCCAUGUCCAUCCUGCAUAGAAGCUCGCUGGCUGUCAAGAGUGUCUGAAACACCAGAAGUUCCGUUCACAAAAGACAUGGUACUGUCAGCUUUGACGGAACUAGACAAUGAUCCUGCGUUUGUAAGAAGUGAUAGAAUACACUUACUCACAGAGUGCAGAGUGCCGAGAAGCAGGGUUAUAUUGGCACGACGAUACAUGCAAUAU